AUGCCUCUCUCGAAGUACCUUAUACGGAACGAGUACAGCUUGGCGGAUCCCGAGCUGUACCGCGCCGCCGAUAAAGAUGAUCCCGAAGCUCUUCUCGAAGCUGUCGCCAUGGCUGGGCUCGUCGGACUGUUGCGCCAGCUCGGCGACCUCGCUGAGUUUGCUGCUGAGAUCUUCCAUGAUUUACAUGAAGAAGUAAUGGCUACCGCUGCAAGAGGCCAUAGUCUUACGGCUCGUGUUAAACAACUUGAGGCUGAAGUUCCUUCACUUGAAAAGGCCUUUUUCUCUCAAACUCACCAUUCAUCAUUUUUUACUAAUGGAGGGAUUGAUUGGCAUUCCAAUCUUCAGUCUGAACAAAACCUUGUUACUGGUGGAAACCUACCUCGAUUGAUAAUGGAUUCCUAUGAAGAAUGCCGCGGUCCCCCAAGACUGUUCCUUCUGGAUAAGUUUGAUGUGGCUGGGGCUGGGGCAUGUCUGAAGCGUUAUACUGAUCCGUCAUUCUUUAGAAUGGAGUCAGCUUCAUCUGUAAGAGCCACUGUACAAGUCCAAAGAGAAAGAAGAAUUCGUAAAGUCAAGCAGAAGAAAGGAGCACGGCUAAGGGACGGUGAAGCUCCUAAUGCUGUACCAACACAUUCAAAAUUACAUCAGCUGCUUCUUGAGGAACGUAUUGAGAAUGGUUAUAGUAAUCCAGCGCGCCUAGUGAAGUUGAAGAAAAGACAAUUGAAUGGACCUGCUGUUGAUGCAAAAUCUGGGAAAAGUUACAUGGAGAAAUUUCUAGAAACUCCCUCGCCUGAUCCAAAAAUGAUUUAUGAAACUUCAAUCUUUCCACUGCCUGUGAAACCGGCAUCGGAUGAUUCUAGCGAAACAGGGAUUAAAGUUCUUGAAAUCAGUAGCAUUAAAAAGUCAUUUGGAGAUGAAAACUCUUGUUCACCCCCUUAUGAGCAGGAAUUUCAACUUAACCAAUUUCCAGAAGAGGUUGGUGAGGCAAAUGGAGAUCUUGUGAUGGUGAAAGAACAAAUCGCAGUGGGUGUAAGAGAUGGAAUGUCUUUUAAUGAUGUCAAGGUGUCUGAUGAAGCAGAAUUGGCAAUCAAUGAACAAAAGAGAAUAGAAGGCAUCUUAGAAAGGUACAAUUCUGAUGAUGUGACCAGUGAGGUUGACAACUACAUGGAUGCUUUAACUACCAUGGAGUCAGAAUUGGAAACAGACGAUGAGUAUAAACCUAAGAAAAGCUUCUUGAAUAUUAAAAAGGCAACAUAUAUCAAUAAUAAAGAACAUCAACUACAAGCUCGAGUGUCAGAUUCUCAAUCAUUUGGAGGCUCUUCAACAUCUGAUGACAUUAGCUCAUUCAAACAAGAGACAAAUGAGGAAGAUAUUGAAGUGAGAGCUCGGUUAUCAAAUUCUCACUCAACUGGAACCUCCUCGACAUCAGACAAUAAUAGCUCAUUCAGAGGAGAUGAAGACGAGCAUGUGGAACUGCAAGCUCACUUUUCAGAUUCUCAAUCUACUGGAAAAUCCUCUAAGUCAAAUGUAAAUAGGUCUUCCAUGAAAGAUAAAUCUUAUUUACCUCACUAUGAUUCAUUGAGCACUGUGGUUGAAAAUGUACAAUCAGAACCUAUUUUAUUCUCAACUACUAAAUAUCAUGAAGCAGAGAUUGAAGGCUUGCCAUCCAACCAGCUUCCAGAAAUUGUUGAGUUUCAAAAUACAGAUAAUAGAAAGUUUGUCAUGUGUGAUGAUGCCAAUGUUCAUGAAGAAGGGGUUUCUGACUCUCGGCAAACAAAUUCUAAGCUGUUGACUUCAGGAAAGAUGUUGUGUUCUGAUCUUGAACCUACCAAACCAGUGACGCUACCUGCAGUGAUUCAGUCAGAUGAAAGCAUGCCAUCCAACCAGCUUCCAGAAAUUGUUGAGUUUCAAAAUACAGAUAAUAGAAAGUUUGUCAUGUGUGAUGAUGCCCAUGUUCACGAAGAAGGGGUUUCUGACUCUCGGCAAACAAAUUCUGAGCUGUUGACUUCAGGAAAGAUGUUGUGUUCUGAUCUUGAACCUACCAAACCAGUGACGCUACCUGCAGUGAUUCAGUCAGAUGAAAGUGUUUCUGACAAUGUUGAGCUUAAUAGAUUAGGAAAUGGUGCAGACAGAUCAGGUCUUGUUGAAUCUGUUGCUUCCAAACCUUCUUCUCCCUCCCUUAUAAAAGAUGAUACGGUCCCUGUGUACUCUUCUGACAAAAUUUCAUCGGACAACUUGGUUGAUGAUUCCCUUUGUAAUGAUUCACAAGAAGGUUCCCUUUGUCCAUCCAUCAAAGAAUUAGGCUUGAAUUUAGGUGAUGAAAUAAAUGGAUUCAGCAGCAGUAUUGAUCCAGUUGAAGGUGAUGGUCAUAUUGAAAAUCCUUCUUCUUAUAAUCAUGUGAUGGUAAAUGGUGCGAUCACUGAGUCAAAAGAUCAACCCAUUCCUUCUGUUGAUAGUGCUGAAAAUGAUGCGGGUAUCAUUACUUGUCCAGCUUCAAGUAUGAUUAGUUCUCCUUCAAGAAGCCUUUCAAAUCCGCGAGAACUAGUCCACGCUUCUUCAGACUCUUAUCCAAUGGAAUCCAAUGAAGUGGAAUUGACUCAAAUUUCAUCGGACUCAAAUACAGAGACGAUCGAGAGUCAAUUGGCACCAUUGCCAGAUACAACUAAUAUUUUAUAUUCUCCAAUGAGUAAUCUCACAAAAUUAGAAGAAUCUGUUUCUGCUUUUGCAGAUCUAAAUGAGAAAGAGACAGAAGACCAUGAGGUAGUUGCUAGAGAAUCUUUGACAGCACUAGAGGGACAGAAGGCAGCGGGUCAUCCAGAACUUGUUUCUUCAGAUGUACAAAUGAACCUCAACAAAUUGGUGCCUUGUGAUGAUCUUCCAGAUUUGGGAAAUAAUAUUGAAAAAUCUCCUCCUAGGAAGAAAAUCCUACAGAGUGUUUUCCAGGAUGAUGCGAAAGUGGUGCCUGGAUUUUCUGGGUUUGACACCCGGCAGUCAGAAUCUACUAGUUAUGGCCAGAAUGAUCUUAUACAGAAUGACACAAAUAGUUUUUCAUCUACACCUGAUAACAAGUUGGAGUUUGAAACUUAUUUUGAGCCACACUUACAAUGUCAACUUGAUGAACAGGAUGGAGAGUUUCCACUCAAUUAUGAGGAAAACUUUGGCUCUGAGAAAUCUCAAUCUCAGCAGAUGCAUAUAAAUCAAAUGAAGCAAGAAGGCACUCAUGCUACUUCUGAAUCUGUCUCAGAAACCCCUGCAGAUGAAUCACCGUCAUUUUGUUCUUCACCACAAUCAUCUGGCCUGGAAAUUAACCCUACACAAUAUGUCACAGAUCCAUUGAAGCCUCUUCUCCCUGACCACUUUCCUAAGGAAACUGAAAACAAACUUGAUGGGAUGCCACCUAUGCCUCCUCUACCUCCUAUGCAAUGGAGAAUGAGCAAGGUUCCACAUGCUUCCCUAGAUUCAAACAGAGAGGAGUUAGAAGUGGAUCCGUCUCCAGUUCAACGAAUGCAGCCAGUUAUGCCCGAUACGAAGUCUCAAUUUGGUUUUACAGCUUCUGAUGGAAAUACCCUAUUUCAUCAGAAUCCAUUUUUGCCAAUCAUGGCUUUGGAAAGUGAUAAGCUCCAACAUUCUUCUGCCGUAAGUGUUUCAGGGCAUCCAGUUGCUUUACCUAUUCAGUUUCCUAUUGUGGUUAAUGAAGCAAAUGGUCAGUAUGGUCAGUAUAAUUACCUAGUGCUGGACAUAAACCAGAUUCAGAACCCUGUAUUAACGCUGCCCGUGGUACCUACGAGCAUGCAUCCACCACUUGGUUACAUUGUUGCUUCUGAUGGAGAAAUGGUACAUACUUCAAAUCCUUACGCACCAAUACUACCUGCUGCUUAUACUGCAUCUGGACAUGAUUCCUCAUCUCCACAAAUGGAACCAUUUCAGCGUCCAACUCAAGUAAUGACAGAGAGCAGUGCAGAUGAUAAAACCCUUGAACAGCCUAUGCAUAAUGUAGUGUGUAGUGAUGGGCCUCCAAACAGUCAUGUUAUUGCUUCAGAUGGAGAUAUGGUACAUAAUUCAAACCCACUCCUUUCACUACCACCUGUCGAAUGUGCUAACUCAGAACAUGAUUCCAUCUCUCCUAUAGAAAACAUGAGUGAAUCUCCUAGUCAAUUAAUGACAGAGACUAGUUCAGAUGAUACAACACUUCUGAAUCCUAUGAGUAAUGUUAUAUCUAUGGACCGUCACAUUGUCAUUUCUGAAGAAGAAAUUGUUCAAAAUAUUAACCCAGGCCCUCCUAUACUAUCAGCUGAAUCUGCUGUUUCUGAACAUGAUUCCAUCUCUCCGCAAGAAAAACUAACUGAACCUCCAAGUCAGUUACUGAAGGAGACUAAUUUGGAAGUUAAAACACCUAAUCAUUCUGUAAGUAAUGUAGAAGGGGAACAAGGACGGUUGGGUAUUUCACUCACGUUGCCACCAAACAUGGAAAGUGUAGAGCUAGAUCAGAGUUUCCGGCUCUUUGAGGGGGAAAUGUUGUCCUUGGGUCCAUCUGCUCAAACAUCAGAUUUUGAGAGUGAAAGGACAAAUGUAAAACCCAAGCAUAAGAUUCCUCGUCCUCGGAAUCCUCUAAUUGAUGCUGUUGCUGCUCAUGACAAAAGCAAGCUUAGGAGGGCUACUGAACGGGUUAUGCCUCAAAUAGCACCAAAGGUAGAUGAAAGAGAUUCAUGGUUAGAACAGAUAAGAACAAAGUCUUUCAACUUGAAACCUGCUGUGGCUAAACGACCUAGCAUUCAAGGUCCAAAAACAAAUAUGAAGCUUGCUGCCAUCUUGGAGAAAGCUAAUUCAAUUCGCCAGGCUUUGGCUGGAAGUGAUGAAGAUGAUGAUGAUGAUAGUUGGAGCGAUUCUUGA